GUAGUUAGAUUUCAAAAAUGGCCGACGUCCGCGCCCGCCCCACUACAGACUGAAUCGUUGACAAUAUACGACCAUCAUUCAAACUAACCUCUUCACGUGUCUGUGUUCUCUCUUUGUGUUUUGAAAUUCUCAGCCAAGUUAACUCAAAUUAGCGCGAAACGUGGUUGGACAGAGGUGGCGAAGUGUUGGGAUAGUAGAGUGAAAAUGCGUGCCAGGACCACAGCAAAGUACGCGGAGGAAAUUUGUGCAUCAAAAGAGGAAAAGGACCGUCAUCGUCCACGACUGGAAACUCUUUGGCAGCAGCCUCGUGUUGUGUUAAUUAGAGCAGAUAUCAGUGAAUAUUUUGGUCCUGAGCAGCAGAAGCCAGAGCGCCUUCACAUUAAAGAGGAAAAGGAGGACAAAGAGCUUGCCCACUUUAUUAAGCAAAAAGACAAAGUGCAUCCUGUCAUCAAAACAGAUGACGUGGAGUCGGAGCAAUUUCACAUAAAAGAGGAGGAAAAAGACCUCUACGACAUUAAAAAGGAGAAGGAAGAAGAGGAUGUCUACAGCGUGCUCUCUUUGAAGAGUAUAGAUGAGGGUCGUCGUGAGAUGGACAAAGGGGCGGAGCCUCCAAGAAGCAGCUUAAGUCAACAAAUGACAACAGAAAAUAACGGAGACCACUGUGGAGGAUUGCAAGCAGACGGCCUCUUAUCUCCAGCAUCAGAUUGUGAUGACAUGUCACAUGCUCCUAGCGCUGAUGGUGACUGUGAUAUUGUAUACCAGUCCGAAAGCAAACAAUGGAAAUGUUCUCGGUGUUGGAAAAUGUUCGCUCAUAAAACGAGUUUCAAACGACACGUACUAAUACACACAGGUGAGAAACCUUUUUGCUGCUCGGUUUGUGGCCAAACAUUUUUUCAGAAAGGAAACUUAAACCAGCACACAAGAACCCACACUGGUGAGAAACCAUUUUCCUGCUCUGUUUGUGGCCAACGAUUCUCUCAUAAGGGACACUUAAAAGCACAUGCAAGAACACACACUGGUGAGAAACCUUUUUCUUGCUCAGUUUGUGGCCAAACUUUCUCACAGAAGGUAGGCUUAAAUAAACACACAAGAACACACACUGGUGAGAAACCAUUUGCCUGCCCAUUUUGUGGCCAAAGAUUCUCGGAUAAGGCAAACUUAGAAAAACACAGAAGAACCCACACUGGUGAGAAACCCUUUUCUUGCUCCGUUUGUGGCCAAAGAUUCUCUCACAGGGGAAACUUAAAAAUACACACAAGAAGCCAUACUGGUGAGAAACCCUUUUCCUGCUCAGUUUGUGGCCAAAGAUUCUCUCAGAAGGGAAGCUUAAAAGUACACACAAGAACCCAUACUGGUGAGAAACCGUUUACCUGCUCAGUUUGUGGCCACAGAUUCUCUCAGAAGGGAGGCUUAAAAAUACACACAAGAACCCACACUCGCCAAAAACCUAUUUCCUGCUAACUUUGUGGACAAUGAUUCCUUCAUGAGGGUCACUUAGACACAACAAUCCACACUGGUGAGUAACUUUUUGCCUGCCAAAUUUGUGGACAAAGAUUCCCGCAUUCGCCUAUCAAGGAUAAUUAUAUUCUAUGUUUCGUUUUAUUCAUCACAGUGAAACAUUCAAGUAUUAGUUAAUGAAUUAAAAAAUAUACUAAACUGUCAUCGGGGUGGUAAUAGUUUUGGAUUCUUAAUUAUAGUUUGUUUUGGUUUUAGCUGUACGUUUAGUUAUUGGUUUAUAGGGGUUUGUGUUUUUUUGUUGUUUUACAAAAAUAAUUUGGUCAAGGUUGAAGAUGUGUGUGCAUCAAACCAAAUCAAAUAGUUGUACUUCAAAUUUGAUCUGUCAUACAGUGUCCUUUGUCAAAUUGAUUGAUUAAAAUGAGCUUUUGAGGAAACCAAAAUAGACAUUUUGUGAUGAAGUUUAUUAUGUGAAAGUAUUUCUAUGAGCUUUUAUUUUGCUUUGUCUUCAUCUGCUGUCUGCCGCCGGAUUGACUUUGCGAAUGAAAAUAUGUACAUAACGGCCUACUCUGGAUGAAUGAAUAAAAAUAAUUUGGGACUCUCACUUGCUACGGUUGUGUAUUGCCUGCUGGCCAAUAAAGUGUUCUUUGUUCGCAAAGCUUGUCA